GUUAUUUGAAUUUAUUAUGCCUGUAAAAAAGGGUUUCCGUUUACAUCGUCCUGUUUCUAGAUAUUUUGCUGGGAAAGGUCCUGAACCAGUUGAAUCAGAUGACAGUGAUUAUGUAUCUGAUGAGGAUAAAAAUAACCCACCAUCUCAUCAUGAUAAACAACCUAUUAAAAUACAGGCUCCUGUUAUUGAUUUUCAAAAAAUUGAUGAUCAUGAAAAAUUGAAUACAGAAGAAUGGCAAUUAGAUUCCAGUGAAAUCAGGCAGAACGAUACGGCGGAUUCUGAAGUAUCUGAUGAGGAAACGAGUGGAUAUGAAACAGAUGAAACAGAUGAAACAGAAGAAACAGAGGAAGAACAAUUAAAAAUUCGAUUAAAACCUAUUUUUGUUCCAAAGUCUGAAAGAGGGAAAUGUUCUAAUUUGGAUCAAUUAGAAUUUCAGAAACAGAGAAUUAUUGAACAAGAAAAACGUAAAGAAGAAACACGAAUUCUUGUAGAAGAUGAAAUUAGAAAAGAUGAAUUCAAAUAUUCAUCUGAUGAUAGUGAUGGUAUAGAAGUAGAUGAUACGGAUGAUUUGAAUCCGGAAGAAGAGAAAGCGGCUUGGAAAUUACGUGAAUUGUCUCGUAUAAAACGAGAGAAAAUGUUUUUUGUAGAAAAAGAAAGAGAGCGUGAUGAAAUAGAGAGGCGACGUAAUAUGGAUGAAGAUGAGAGAUUGAAAGAAGACAUGUUGCGUGUAAAAGAACAAAAGGAAAAACAGCCGAAAUCUAAAAUGAGAUUUUUGCAAAAAUGGUAUCAUCGUGGUGCAUUUUAUCAGGAUGAAGAAAUUUUGAAAAGAGAUUAUUCUGUUCCUGUUGUGGAUGAAAUAUCUGAUAAAACAUUGUUACCAAAUACAAUGCAAGUUCGCGGUGACAAAUUCGGGAAACGAGGACAAACAAGAUAUACUCAUUUAGUAGAUCAGGAUACUAGUACAAAAGAUUCUCCUUGGUUUGAUAAAAAUAUAAAUAAGAGAAUUUUACCUGGUACAGAUGAAUAUGAUAGAAAAAAAAGGAGAAUAUAAUAUAUUUUAUUUUUUUGUUUUGCUU